GCGGAAGUGACGCAUUUUAUUUUGAAAAUCCGUGGUGGCGCUGAAUAAAACCGGGACUUUAAAACGUAACCUUUCUCUGCAAAAAGAUUCGUUUUUGUGGCUUCAGUCAUGAAGAAAGUUCAAGUGAAAGAUGCCAUCCCUUCACAGACCGGUGUGACAUCCAAAACAGCACAUGCCAAAAACAACACAGACAACAAAAAGAGCCAGCAGAGAUCUCUAAAAGUACCAACCACAAGAUAUGGACCGCAAAAUGACUUGAGGGAACAGAAUCGAAACUUGACUGCAACGAAUGAAGACCUGCAGAGACAGCUUGAAGAAAUGAAGGUAACAGUAACUGAACUGAACCAUCGAUGCUCGGACAUCAAGGGGGAAAACAGAGAAAUUCAGAAACAGCUGCGAGACUGCCAUGUCUUACUUGUUGCAGAAAAUCUCGACCCAGUUUCAGGGGAGAAGUUGGGCCAAACAGCACAGCAGAAAGAAGAACAAAGAAAGGAAAUUAUGACUGUUUCCCAAAAUCUUUUGACUGAACUGAAACUGUUUGGAGAGAUGGCUCAGGAGCAUGCAGCAAAUUUACAGGAAGUGCAGAAUACCAUGAGAGACCUGACGGAAAACCAUGAAAAGCUCCAGCAGGAUCGAGCAUUGUUCAAUCUGGAUGUGGAGGAAAUGGAGAGAGCUUUGGCGGAGGCAGAGAGGCUCUUGAUAUAGACUAAAUGAAAGAAACUCUUCUGCUGGCCAUACCAAGAUGUGUCCAUCUAAAAAAUCAGAAACAAUUGAAAAAACAAUCCUUUUGUACAGAAUUGUUACAGCAUGACCAAUAUUUUCAAAACCUAAUUUUUUAAAUACUACUUUGUUGAUGAAAUGCUUGAAUAGUGUGUCUAAACUCCAUCUGUGAAAACAUCGGUUUGUUUGAUUACAAGUAGAGACAAUAUUUAAACUAUUUUCAUGUAAAAAUACAAAUAAGCACUUCUAGAAAAAUGCAUCCUGUAUAUUUUUGAAUGCUCUGGACAAAAUUAAAAGCUAUUAACUGCUAAA